AUGUCUAGUAAAGAAGGCCUUGCCGAAUCCCAUCCCGCUGGAGAUUUCACGACUCAGCCUGUCAAGCGUUACAGGUGGUACCAUCUCUUCGGCAAAGAUGUCAGCCACGUACCAGUCGACGAAGGCUACUCAACAGGCUCUGACACAGCUUCCCUACAUAGUGAGAUUGUGAACAGCCAUCAGAAUGUCUUUGCUGCUCCGGAAGCGGUGGAUAUCUACAAAAUAGUCGAUGGCUUCGAAGGCGCCCACCGCUUCGAGCCUUCUGCGACGUGGGAGUCCCAGGAGGAGGAGAAGCUAGUAAGACGGCUUGACUGGUUUAUCGCACUUCCUGCCUGCAUUAUGUUCUUUGCUCUCCAGCUGGACCGUGGCAAUAUCGUCCAAGCUCUUUCGGAUGGCAUGCUAAAUGAUCUCGGUCUCACGACAAAUGACUACAAUAAUGGCAUGACGAUAUUUUACUGUUCGUUCUUAUUCGCAGAGCUCCCGUCACAAGUCAUUGGGAAAAAGCUGGGACCAGACGUCUGGAUCCCUAUCCAGAUGGUACUAUGGAGUGUCGUGGCAAUGUCACAGGCUGCGCUUCAGGGAAAGACCAGCUUCUUUAUCUGCCGCUGGUUGCUUGGAAUGCUCGAAGGAGGCUUCAUCCCUGACACCAUUCUUUAUCUUUCGUACUUUUACAAGAAUGUCGAGCUUCCUAGACGCCUAAGUUGGUUCUGGACAUCAUACCAAGGCACGCAGAUUAUUGGUGCCUUUUUAGCAUACGGUAUUCUCCACCUCCGGGGCCAUAGUGGGUUACAUGAAGGAUGGCGAUAUCUGUUCGUGAUUGAGGGCUCAUUUACUGCACUGAUCGGUAUAUUGACCUUUUUCUACCUACCGCCAUCCCCCACGCAGACUUCUCGAACAGGCUGGAAAGGAUUACUUCGACCCAGGUCCGGAUGGUUCUCUGAACGCGAAGAGAUCAUCAUGGUUACGCGAGUUCUUCGGGAUGAUCCUGGCAAGGCUACCAUGCAUAACCGUCAGGGCUUAACGGGCAGCCUGAUCUGGGAAGCUCUCUCUGACUACCAUAUGUGGCCUAUCUAUCUCAUCGGUCUUUCCUGGGGUAUUCCUAAUGCGCCUCCCCAAGCAUACAUCACACUCACAUGCAAGGCCCUUGGUUUCGAUACUUUCCAUACCAACCUUCUUACAAUCCCGGCAUAUACCCUGUUCAUUAUACAGCUACUGUUCUGGACCUGGGUAUCCGAAAGGAUCAACCAGCGUGUUCUUCUCGGUGUUAUCGGCCAACUAUGGUCCUUGCCACUUCUGGUUUCCCUUGUAGUUUUGCCUCCCGUCUUUCCAGGAUGGAAAUGGGCAAAAUGGACUCUGUCUACACUUCUUGUUGGCGCUCCCUACCCUCAUGCGAUUCUUGUGGCCUUGACGUCCCGCAAUGCCGGAUCUGUCCGCACCCGUACUGUUGGCUCUUCGCUCUAUAACAUGAGCGUUCAAAUGUCGAGCAUUAUAUCUUCACAGAUCUACCGCAAGAACGACGCGCCAUACUAUUAUACUGGAAACAAAGCGCUACUUGGAGUCUUGGGUUAUAAUAUCUUGAUCUAUAUCCUUAUCAAGCUCUAUUAUGUUAGGGAGAAUAACAAAAGAGACAAGAUCUGGGAAGGCAUGACCAGAGAGGAGAGAGUUAAUUAUCUCAAGACAACAACUGAUCAAGGAAACAAAAGGCUGGAUUUCAGGUUUGCUUCAUGA